ACCAGUCUCUUAAUGUUUUGACAAGCGGCUCUGAGGAGCAGAAGAUCCGGAGAGAGCAUCAGCUGAUCGUCUGUGAUUAUCAUUAUUAUGAUGAUGAUUAGGAGGAGGAUGAAUGUGGUGGUUAUAACGCUUCAUGGCGGUGUAGCGGAUCAUCAGACAGUCUUUAAUCUUUAGCUGGAAUGCUUCCGGGUGGGUUAGUUAACUGGUUUUGAACUAACCAGGUUGUUGAGUGUAUUUAACUUAGUGAAGAUUCUGUACACUGAAGAUGAAGAUGGUUGAUGAGACAGCUGGCAUGGCCGGAUAAACACACACUCACACACACACAUGGAGUGUUGAUGGACUAUUAGAGUCGCAGUGAAGAUCUCGAGGCUUUGCUGCAGCUGUGUGUGUGUGUGUGUGUGUGUGUGUGUGUGUGUGUGUGUGUGUGUGUGUGGGGUCAGAUCUUGGUAUUAGAGCUUCAACCAAGGUGUCAUGAUGUUGGCAUGGCCGUGAAACGAUGGACACACACACUGUCUCUUACACAUGUAUAAAUAAACACACUCACACACACACACACACACUCUCUGCAGCUGUGGACAAGGUGACUUCUCUGAAUAAUCCUGUAUUGCACGGACUGGAGAGCUGAUCUUCUGAGUGUGUUGGAGCUGCUGGAGAUCUGAUGGUGUGUGGAUGUCUAGAGGUUUGAAGGAGACGCUGGGAGAGAGGUCGAAGAGCCGGGGAUUGAAGCGUGAAGACGGAGGACGGAAAAGAGGCGAGCUGGAGGACGACACGGAGACAACCAUGAAGACCGAGAGAGAAGCGGCGGAGGAGUUUUUUGAGUACGACGCAGAGGAGUUCCUGGUGUCCCUCACGCUCCUGAUCACAGAAGGCCGGACACCGGAAUGUUCUGUGAAGGGUCGGACCGAGGGCCUGCACUGCCCCCCCGCGCAGUCCGGUGGACCGGUCCUCACCAAACACGAGUGCAGCGACAAACUGCCUCAGUGUCGUCAGGCGAGAAGGACGAGGUCGGAGAUCAUGUUGCUAUGGCGAAAUCACAUCCCCAUCAUGAUCGAGGUGAUGCUGCUGCCCGACUGUUGCUACAGCGAUGAGGGUCUGGCCACGGACCUGAACGACCCGGCAAUUAAACAGGACGCUCUUCUGCUGGAGAGAUGGACACUACAGCCUGUCCCCAGACAGAGUGGAGAUCGGUUUAUUGAGGAGAAGACUCUGCUGUUGGCCGUACGUUCCUACGUCUUUUUCUCUCAGCUGAGCGCUUGGCUCAGCGCCUCGCACGGCAUUGUGCCCAGAAACAUCCUCUAUAGAAUAAGUCCAGCCGACGAAGAGCUGAUAUGGAAUUUCUCCCAGACACCAUCAGAACACGCCUUUCCAGUGCCCAACGUGUCCCACAGCGUAGCGCUGAAGGUGCGGGUUCAGUCGUUGCCCCGCCAGCCCAAGUACCCCGUGUUGAAGUGCAGCAUCCACUCAGACCUCUCUUUCCUUAACAAACGUAGCCUCGACCCUGCGGAGGGGCCGUUAGUUGGUGCGUACAGUCGGGGACAGACCGUCGGUGACCCUCCAAACCCCCUUAGACUCCAGACUUCAUCACUUUUAUGCAGACCUCUUCGCUCCCCACUACCUUCUCAUGACAGAAGCAGCCCGCUAAACCAGCGUAAAUGCCCCGAAUCGCCCAUCCUACCAGGCAAAGCCACAAAGCUACUGUUCUCCAGAACCAAUGGCGUGUUGGAAAGCUCAGGAAAGACGACGAACGUGGAAUUGCCGUCAUCAUCUUCAUCUCCGACCCGCAAUUUCAAAUCGCUCACGAAUCCCUCAUUCUCAAACCCCAGCUCCAGCCCUCGUUCCUCCUCAGUUGAAACGAACCCCCUAAUCGGUUCGCUGCUCCAGGAGAGACAGGAAGUGAUCGCUCGCAUCGCACAGAGGCUGAAUUUCUGCGACCCAACAUCACCUCAUCUUCUUCCCGAUGCUCUCUUCACACCUCCAGGGGAGGAAGGGCCAUAUAAGAAGACCAAAGAUCCUCACAAUCUCCAAACGAAUGACCGAACUGGUACAAGGAACGGAGAGUGGAGCCAGACGUCUUUGUUUCAAACUCCGCUGAGCCCCAGGAGCCAGUCACGAGUGGACCGAAGCAAACCUGAGGAGUCCAGGACUUCACCCAAACCAACGUCUUGCAGGCGACUUCUUCUUUCGCCUGAUUCAAAAGAAGGUUCUAUGAUCGUUGAAGCUGUUCAGGACAUCUCUCGUUUGAUUCAGGAACGUCUUCAGUUGUCGCAGGAGCUCCUGCAUGCUAAAUACAAACAAUGUCGCGAGUCAUCGACACCCACAUCCUCGCAGAACCAAAACCAGACCCAGAACCAUAGACAAAAUCAGAAUCAAAGUCAGACACAAAACCAGAACCACCAGCUUAGAGCCAACAGUCACACUAGCUUUGCUAACGGAACUGUAAACGUAGCCAAUGGCGAAACCAGCUCAGUCUUUCGAGUUCAAACUGAGACACUUGAGAGACGGACCUUGUCUGAAAACCAGAGUCAGUCUGGACUCCAGAACAAAGAAUCCAGUAUCACUAGACCUCAACCUCUAACACAAACCAGCCAUACAUACAGUGCCAAAAACGAUCCCCAGACUUCUUUUCUCAACAGCCCUAAAAGUUCCCAUAGCCUGAAUGGAGUGGCAGGAGUCAACGAGCUCAACCACCUCCAGGACCUUCAGGACCUCCAGUUUGGGAAGGAAAACUUGGGCAGAAGAGUAGAAACACAUAUCCAACCAGAGUCUAUAGUGCCUGGUCAGGAUGAGGACCAAGAUCCCUGGUCCUCCCUCUCCAGCACACCCACCAGCCUUAAUACCCAACACUCCCCGAGCCCAGAUUGGACUCUCAACAAGGCACACACCAAGUUGAGAAGCCCCACCUCCACACUGAAGCCAUGCAGUAGUGACUGGAAGAAGCAGAACAGACACUCUAUCGAUGGUACGGCCACGAGAGCGUUCCACCCCUGCACCGGCCUGCCCCUGCUCUCCAGCCCGGUUCCACAGAGGAGAAGUCAGACGGGAUAUUUUGACUUGGACACGUCUCUGAUUCAGUCUAAAGGAGCACCAUGGGCCUCCAGCAAGAGAGUGUGUCUGAAGCGAUUUGAAGACUCAGAAGAACCUCAGCAACUCCUGAGCGCCAGCGCCCCUCCCGCCAGUCUCAGCCUUCUGGGAAAUUUUGAGGAGUGUGUCCUAAACUACCGCUUGGAGCCGCUUGGUUCCGUUGACGGUUUCACGGCCGAAGUCGGUGCCAGCGGUUCCUUCUGCCCGAGUCACAUGACCUUCCCAGUGGAUGUGUCUUUCUACAGCGUGUCUGAUGAUAACGCUCCGUCUCCUUACAUGGGGGUCAUAAACCUGGAGUCUCUGGGGAAGAGGGGCUAUCGGGUGCCUCCAUCAGGAACUAUUCAAGUGACCUUAUUCAACCCCAAUAAAACGGUGGUGAAGAUGUUUGUGGUGAUGUACGAUCUAAGAGAAAUGCCAGCCGGCAAUCAGACAUUCCUGAGGCAGAGGACCUUCUCCGUCCCCGUCAAACGCGAAUCAAACGGACAAAACCACAGGAAGCCCCUCCCCCCUGGCCAGGGGCGGACCCUGCGCUACCUCAUACACCUGAGGUUCCAGAGCUCCAAAUCUGGAAAGAUCUACCUCCAUCGAGACAUCCGGCUUCUGUUCUCACGCAAAUCCAUGGAAGUGGACAGUGGUGCUGCCUAUGAGCUCAAAUCCUUCACAGAGUCUCCAGCUGAUCCUCCUUUUUCCUCCAGAUGCUGAUCCACUCACGUCCCGUCUAACGCCGUGUUCCCACUCCGGCACAGGGGCAUCACUGACGUCUCCUCUCUCUCUCUCUCUCUCUCUCUCUCUCUCUCUCUCUCUCUCUCUCUCUCUUUCUUUUUCUUUCUCUCUGUUUUUUCUCU